AUGCAACAGUCUUAUGUGUUGCAUUAUGCUUCAUUACUCUGCGUCUACAUUCUGCUUCACAGCUUUGUUGUUGUAGUUACUAAAUCACAACGAAUAAAUAGAGUAACCCCAAAACUGGGCAGUAUAAAUGGAGCAACACGACUGACCAUUGAGGGGACUGGUUUUGCCCAGCAAAGCCAGUUUAGUUUUGAUGGCAGCAACCCUGACAUUGGCAACUCUGUGACAUUGGUGUCCAGAACCAGAUCUUUUCCAUGUGAUGUUGAGAGAGAUGCCACCCUGUCUACCAAAGUAACAUGCUACACCAGAGCAAUGCCUGAAGAUGACUAUGAGAUUCAUGUUAAAGUGGAUGGUGUUCCCAUUCCCUCGAGUGCAAUAUGUAAUGGAGUUCAGUGGAGUUACUGGUGCAUAUUCUAUACUCGCUGGUAUGCCACACCCAGCAUUCAAAAAAUCAGCCCCAUGAGUGGUCCUCCAGGCACUCUUGUUCAACUUCGUGGCAGAAUUUUUACUGACGUCUAUGGCAGCAAUACUGACAAGAGUUCUAAUGGCCGUGAUGUGAGAUUUUUAAGAGCAUAUAUGGGUGGAAUGCCAUGUGAUCUUUUAAAACCAAACUCGGAUGAACUGUAUAAUUUGACUUUGGAUUCACCAUCAAGCGAUUGGGGAUACAUGAGCUGUAAAAUGACCGGAACCUACGUGGGACAUAACAAUCUAAGCUACAUUCUUGACAGUGCAUAUGGAAGGAGUUUACCUGAUUUAGGGGUCUACCGUGUGUCUGCACUCAACAAGCUCUCAAUGUUCCAGACCUAUGCAGAGGUCACUGGAGUGUCUCCUUCUGAGGGUAGUGUGCUUGGUGGAACACUGCUAACUAUUCAGGGACGCUACUUUGAUCAGACAGACCAACCAGCAAAAGUUUUAGUGGCAGGUUCUGAGUGCACGGUACAGAGUGUGACAGAUGAGACGAUUAUUUGCAGAACACCGUCAUAUAAAUGGAGCAACGUGACGAUGUUUCCAGGUGGUCGGGGUCUAAUAAUGGAGAUGUGGAAUAAUACCAACGUGCAGAAGUUGGAGGAGGUUCUUGACUUUAACUCCAGUAAACCUGGAUACUCUGUGCAGUGGGUGGACUCUCUGUCCUACAUUUGGCCAAAUGAAAUUGACAAUUUUGUGGCUCGAUUCCGUGGCUUCUUCGUUCCCCUAGAGACUGACAACUACUAUUUCAUCACCAAAGCAGAUGACCAAGUGCAACUGUAUUUCAGUAAAAGUGGUCGUACUGAAGAUAAGGUAAAAAUCACAUACACAAAUCAGCGGACUGGAAGUUUCUUCACGAGCACAACUCAGAAAUCAGAACUCAUGCGCCUGGAGGGCGGAAAGACGUACUACAUCGAGGUCCUCCUCCAGGAGUAUGCAGGCGUAGCCUCAGUUGAUGUCGGACUUUACAAAGAGAGCAGCCAAUUUACUGCUCAGCAGACUGUAGAUGCUGUUAAUGAGAGGCAGGUCAUAAAUGCCUCAUAUAAUGUGCUGGAUGAGAAGCAGAUGAUUGCUUUUGAGGGCUGGAGCUCAGCUACACCUGUACAGGAGGUACAAACAGUGACUAUCAUCAGUGACUGCUCAUCUCUGGGAAACUGCGAUUACACGUACUACAGCCUUAUCUAUGGAGCCCACAGAACAGGGCUAAUCCCUGUUAGUGCACCUGCACAAGUGUUACAAGAUGAACUGAAUGCUCUGUGGACCAUAAAACCAGACACUGUCAGUGUUACAAAGCAGCAGGUGGACAAACAGUCUCAAUACACCAUCACAUUCAAUUCCAGCAGAGGUGACUUUAAGCAGCUUCAGUACUGGACACAUGAAACAGGACUAAACAUCACUAUCACUGAGGUCACUAAAGGAAAAGCUGAUCUAAGUACUUUUACUCUGCUGUGGGGAGGAAUACCAUCCAGUCCUCUGCCUUAUAAUGCAACAGUUACUGAGGUAUCAUCUGCAGUGGUGGCCAUGGUGUCUGCUCAAUGUCCUAAGGAGCUUAUAAAUACUGAAAAUCUGGAUGUGAAAUAUUUCAGAGAGUAUGAAAGUAACAUCACAGGGUUUACAGGGGAUCUGACUGGCAGAGGGACACGGGUUGCUGACACUGAGGCCUUCUGUGGACGUUGGUCUCUGAUGAACCCUACCAUUCUCUUUAAAUCAGAUGAUGUGACUGAAUCUGGAGUAACUUAUGGACCUGUGUCACUGCAGCUAUAUGACACACUCUGCUUUGCAUAUAAAGGGAACCUAAAAAAUGGAGUAAAAGUGGUGUUUACCUACCAGAAUACUACAGGAAUGAUAAGCAAAAAUACCACAAUAAUCCCUGUAUUGUUUGAAGCAGGAAAUGAGUGGAAAUAUACCUGUGUGGAGCUUUUAUCUAGCCUGCAGACAAGCUUCCAGGGGAGCAACUACAAACUCCUGGAGGUGGAUCUGGUCCAAGACACUGGGGAUUUCUACAUAGACACAGUUCAGCUUGGAAAAACAGCUACUUUUGAUGACCCCAAUGUUGCUAUUGCAGGGAGAAGACCUCCUGCUCUUGCUGAUUCUGGUCGUUUCAUUGAGAGGCUGUCUGUGCAGAAGCUGUCCAAUGCAUCUUAUUUCAGUUAUGAGAUCAGUGCCUCUCCUUACAACUGCGCCUUUAAUAUUCCUCUAAUAGAGGUUGGCUUUCUGCAGGUAAAUAAAACAGAUAACUCUAGUGCAGACAAGCUGGUACUAUCACAAAACACUUCCACUGUCAGAGUGACCCGUACCCAGAGAGCCAGUCCUCCUCUCACCGGCACCUUCAGCGUGAAUAUCUUUGACCAGAGUGUGGAAGGUCUGGCUGUAAACAUCAGUGCAGAAGACCUGAAAUGUGCUUUGCAGUGUAUUCCAGAACUGGGACAGCUAAGUGUGACUAGGACUGGAAGUUGCAAGAGCUAUGCCUGGACAAUUGACUGGCUCACUAUCCCAGGCAACCAGCCCCUGCUACAGAUCAAUAGCUCUGCUGUUGUGGGUGUAAACCCCUCUGUGACAGCAACAGUGAAACAGCAAGGAGGUCUGUUCAAACAAAGCAUAAUGGGAGAUCACCUGCGAGUCCCUACAAACAGAACACAGGUACAAGUUUUUAUCAACGGCAUCAUUUCAAACUGUACAGGUGAUUGUAGCUUUAACUGGAGUGAAGCAAAGACCCCUACAGUACAAAAUAUCUACCCAACACAAGGAGCCAGCACUCUAAAUACAACUCUGAACAUCACAGGAUCUGGUUUUGACAUUAAUACCACAGUACAGAUUGGAAAUGUCUCAUGCUCAGUUCUGCAGGUUACCAGUACGUUUCUGACCUGUAGUGUUGAACCUUCAAGUGCUGGUUUGUAUCCAGUCAUUGUGAGUUUCCCCAAAUUGGGCAUUGCUCGCUAUGAAGGUGGCAGCUUUAACUUCACCUAUCAGAUGGACGUGACCUCCAUCACCCCCACAGCAGGCAGUGUUAAUGGUGGAACAAUCUUGACCAUCUCUGGGUACGGUUUCAGCCCGGACACAGUGGUCAGCAUUGAGAAUGCUUGGUGUGAUGUCAUUAGUGUUGAUCUCAACCAGCUGUUGUGCACGGUGCCUGCUGGAUCAGAAGGAGCCAAAACAGUGGCAGUAAAAACAGGUGAAAUGAAUGCAACAGCAAAAGACCUUUUCACGUAUGACACCUCCCUGACAGCCACUAUUACUGGAACCAGCCCACAAACAACAACAGUCUUUGGUUACAAGUUCCUUACUAUUGUGGGUACAAACUUUGGAGAGAGGGCCAAUGGAAGCUCUGUACAUAUUGGUAAAAGUGAAUGUGGAGUGCUGCAGUGGGCGAACGAAAACAUCACCUGUGUAUUACCUGCACUACCCCCUGCUGUCUACAACAUCAAAGUUAAAGUGGGGAACUGGGGCUUUCCCCAAAUAAGGACUGGUGUGAAUGCAACCAUUGAGUAUGUCUUACGCGUGACAGGUGUCUCCCCACAAUUUGGUUCACUGUAUGGAGGCACUAAACUGACCAUCACUGGUUCUGGAUUUAACCCUGUCCUACAAGACAAUGAAGUUACAUUUGGUGACAUACGCUGUGAGUUGACUGCUGCAAUGGACAAUCAGUUGGAGUGUGUGACUAAAAGAAAUGAGCAAAUAUAUACCAUUACCAACCAAGGCAUCGACCCCAAGUUUAGUCAGGGAUACGCAUGGAGCCCAUCUGCACUGACAGCAUCUGUAGGGGACACAGUGGUGUGGAGAUGGGAAGCUCCUGCUUUUGUUCAGGGUCUUGGCUAUAGAGUGUUCAGUGUGGCCAGCCCCAGCAGCACUAAGUUUGACGGAGUGGCCUUUAACAGUGGAAAUAAUAAAACAGCCAAAGGGUUUUUCAGCUACCGUUUCACAGCACCUGGGGUGUACUAUUACAGCAGUGGCUUCAUCGACUCUGCAAACCAGACAAGCAUGCAGGGUGUGGUGAAUGUCAGAGCUUUGGAGGAGAUAAGCAGUCAGCUAAAUGUCUCUGUAGGAGGGUUCCAGGCCCUUCAGAUGUCAGAUUCAACAAAAGUGAGCAGUUCAGCAUCUAAGUGUGAGGCGUCUCCUGAAUGCUCUGGAAUCUCCAACAGCCUCCUAUUCAGUUUAUCCAGCUGUGCAAGCCCCACUGUCAACUCAGUCUCACCAACUUAUGGAACCACGCAUGACUUCAUCAUCAUCAAAGGCUCCAAAUUCAGCAACAUCACCUGUGCCAAUGAGGUCACAAUUGGAAAUGCUUUGUGUCAUGUGAUCAACAGCACUUUCACUGAAAUUACCUGCCUCCUAAGCCCAGACAGUAAAACACCUGUGGGCACUCCUCUGCCCAUCCAAGUCCGAGUCAACAACCUGGGCACGGCAAUACUUGCUAUGCCGAGUACUUCACUCCAGUACUUUGUACUUGUUCCUGUGUUGGACUCUGUCUUUCCGAAAGCAGGCAGCACAACUGGCUACACUCGUCUCCUCCUUUCUGGCUCUGGUCUGACAAAUGGUUUAGUCAUGGUGGCUGGCUCACCAUGCAUCCCAGUGUUCAGCAAUUACACUCACAUUUUGUGUGACACGUCUCCAUCUACAGCUCAAAAAGGAGAUAUCACCGUUCAAGUAGGAGCUAUCUCUUCCUCCUGUAGUGCUGACUGUUCCUUUGAAUAUUCUUCAUCCUUGUCUCCAACAGUUUCCUCUGUCUCUCCUAACUCUGUUAGUGGAAACCAAACAACUGUCACUGUGUCUGGCAGUGGUUUUGGAACUACUCUCGAAGAUCUAAGAGUGUCCGCAGAUGACAUUACAUUACAGGUCAUGAGCGUAACAGACAGCAACCUUACAGUGCAGGUUGGUCCUCUGCCUGCUGGUCCCCAUACCGUGCAGGUGGUAGUCAUGAGCAAAGGACUGGCAUCUAAAACUGCUACACUUACCAGCCUGCCAGAGGCCAGUCUGCAGCCCAGCUCAGGCAGUCUAGCAGGAGGAACACCACUCAUCAUCACAGGCAAUGGAUUUGUUGCCGGCAACACCAGCGUAAUGCUGGGGUCAAAUCCCUGCUCCAUCGUUGAGAUAUCUCCAGCCUUGGUAAAGUGUUUGACACCAGCUAAUGAAGAAAAACAGGUACAGGUGAAUAUUCAGGUGUUUGGAGUGAAGUACCCACAACUAAGCUUCAACUACACCCAUGACAAAACUCCUAAUAUCACCAGUGUCAGCCCUGCAACAGGUCCCAGUGGAACACUGAUAACAGUAACUGGUUCUGGGUUUGGCUCAGACAGCAGUAUUGUUUCUGUGAUGAUAGACAGUGCAAAGUGUAGCUUGUCCUCCAUUACGGACACAACUAUACAGUGCACUGUGGGUGAACAUGCAGGAGGAAUAUUCCCAGUCUCACUCCAGCAUCAGGUCAAAGGUUAUGCUCAGACCCUGGCUAACUACACCUAUGAGCUCCGAGUGACAAAAAUCACACCCAGUGAAGGAAGCUAUGGAGGAGGUGCGAUAGUAGCACUUCAAGGCUCUGGGUUUGACCCCAAAAACUCCAAGGUCUUCUUCUGUAAUCAAGAAUGCAAUGUCGACAGAAUAAAUUCUAACUCUACCAGCCUCUACUGCCAGGUUCCAGCCAACAAUGGAACUCAAGUGGAAACGGCCUGCACUGUAUUAGUAAAGAACAACAAUGGAUCAGUCAGUGUCACAAAUGGAUACACGUACAAAACCAGCCUGACUCCCGCCAUCGCAGACGUGUCACCACGCAGGGGUGGGACAGCUGGAGGCACAAGACUUACAAUUACUGGCUCUGGUUUCAGUGGAGGGAAUAUAAGCGUGACAAUAGCAGGGUCGGUGUGUGUCAUCCAGUCAGCUAAUGAUACACAGGUCAUCUGUGUGACUGAACCCCAUCCACAGUCCCAGCAGACCAAAGUUCUACUGAAGGUUGGAGACAGAGGACUUGCCAAGACGGACCUUGCUGACUUUUUCUACAUUGAUGUGUGGUCGUCUCCGUACACCUGGGGUGGAGAGUUACCUCCUGAGGAGGGUACCUUUGCUGUUAUCACUAAAAACCAGACAAUCCUUCUGGAUGUGAGCACACCAGUGUUAAAGAUGCUUUUGAUUCAAGGUGGAAAGUUAAUUUUCGAUGAGGCUGAUAUCGAGCUGCAGGCAGAGAACAUUCUCAUCACAGAUGGUGGAGCGCUUCAGAUUGGCACAGAGGACAAACCGUUUCAGCAUAAAGCCAUUAUUACACUGUAUGGUCACCUGCGCUCUACAGAACUUCCCAUCUACGGAGCCAAAACCCUGGGGGUCAGGGAGGGAGUGCUGGACCUGCAUGGUAUCCCUAUCCCUAUCACCUGGACCCGCCUUGCCAAAACCGCAAACAAUGGCUCAGAUACUCUAACCUUAAUGGAUUCAGUCACAUGGAAAGUCGGAGAUGAAAUUGUCAUUGCAUCAACAGGGCACAGGCACAGCCAGAAAGAGAAUGAAGUUAGAAGAAUUGCAUCUGUGUCCGCUGAUGGUAAGACCCUUACCCUGACUCAGCCUCUGACGUACAACCACCUGGGGGUGUCAGUCACACUUCCUGAUGGCACUGUGUUUGAGGCAAGGGCAGAGGUUGGCGUCCUCACCAGAAACAUUGUUGUUCGUGGAUCCACCAACCAAGAAUGGAGCGGCACAAUCAAUGCUUGUCCUGAUGGAUUUAAUACAGGGGAGUUUGCCACACAGACCUGUUUUCAAGGAAGAUUCGGAGAAGAAACUGGAAGUGACCAGUUUGGUGGCUGCAUCAUGUUCCAUGCACCUAGACCCAAUGAAAAUCUGGCUAUUGGAAGAAUCGAAUAUGUUGAGAUAUUCAAUGCUGGCCAGGCUUUCAGAUUAGGUCGCUACCCUAUUCACUGGCACCUGAUGGGUGACAUCAAGUUCAAGUCCUACGUUCGUGGCUGUGGCAUCCACCAAACCUACAACCGUGCUGUCACCAUUCACAACACACACCAGCUGCUGGUGGAACGCAAUGUCAUCUACAACAUCAUGGGAGGAGCCUUCUUUAUUGAGGAUGGCAUCGAGACCGGAAACAUCCUCCAGUACAACCUGGCUGUGUUUGUCCGUCAGAGCACAAGCCUUCUGAACGAUGAUGUGACACCAGCUGGCUACUGGGUCACUAAUCCCAAUAACACCAUCAGGCACAAUGCUGCUGCUGGAGGAACCCACUUUGGCUAUUGGUACAGAAUGCAUGACAACCCAGAUGGUUCAUCAUAUGAUAGUAAUAUCUGCCAGAAGUUGGUGCCACUGGGUGAAUUCUACAACAACACAGCACACUCACAAGGCUGGUUUGGCUUGUGGAUAUUCCAGGAGUAUUUCCCCAAACAGAAGGGAACUUGCAAAUCCACUACACCUGAACCAGCUGUGUUCCGCAAACUGACCUCCUGGAACAACGAAAAGGGAGCAGAGUGGGUGAAUGUGGGAGCCGUGCAGUUUAGUGAGUUCCUCAUGGUGAACAAUGAGAAGGCAGGAGUGGAGACCAAGCGCAUAAUCCAGCAGCAUGUGAGUGGUUGGGGACUGACUGGAGGUGCCGCACUGCACAAUAGCACCUUGGUGGGAUAUGUGGAUGAACUGGGCCUGGGUGACAGCUAUUGUACUGACAGAGGGAUCGUCCUGCCCCUGGAUGAUGGCAUGAGCGUCCUUAAUACCAAGUUUAUCAACUUCAACAGACCAAGCUGUGCCGCAAUUGGAGUGGCUAAAAUAGAUGGAACGUGCACACACUUCUGUGGAGGCUGGAGUGCCAAAUUUUCUGGAAUCCAGUAUUAUCAGACAACCAACAAGGCUGCUUUCAGAUGGGAACACGAGGUGGUUUUGGUAGAUACUGAUGGAUCUCUGACAGGUAAUGUUGGUUACAAGGUAGUGCCACAGAGUAACCUGUUGGAUCCGGCCCACUGUUCUGCUAAUGCUGCAUGGAGCCUGGGAUUCCCUGGUGCAGUGUGUGAUGCUUCUACCAGCUUCCAUCGACUGGGCAUCAACAACUCCCUACCUUCCUCGCUCUUGUCUAAGGAUGUCAUACUCACCAACACACAUGGAUCAAGUGUGGUUCCCUUUGCUGAGAAACUAGUCACCCACACCUCUGGUUGGAUGGCACUUGUGCCAUCUGAUAAAACCUACAACUGGUAUUUUCGUAAUGCUAGCCAAAUUAGCAACAUCUCAUACAAUGCAGUUUUCUAUGGCUUUGGGCCUCAGGAUUAUUUGAUUGUGAAUCAUAAUCUGACUCAACUUCCUGACUGGGUGAAUGUGGUAGACAACAGAAACGCCUCAGCCAAGCCACUGGAUCCCAUUUCAAAUGUAAAUGGAGACUGGUACUUGGAUAAAUCAUCCAACAACCUCUACUACAUUGUGUCAGGCAAAACAAACACCACCAGUAAUAGGAAACGGAGGAACAGUGUGGACAGAUCGACCAAAGACAGAGCAGUGGGGUUCAAUACAUAUACCUGCUAUUACACAAAUUGUGUCCAGCCACUUUCUGGUAUUAACCGCAGACCUACCAGCUUUACUGUCUGGUCUAAUCAGUCAUUUUGGAAGUCAUCCCCAGAAAACAACUUUACUGUACCACAGGAGGGCACCAAUGUUGUCAUUCCCUUAGGAUUCUGGGUGGUUUUGGACGUUCCUAUUCCUUCAUUAAACAAGCUCACUGUGGCUGGAGUUCUGGAGAUUCCAGACAACGCUAACACCACAGCUAACCGCACUGCCCGCAGCAUUACUCAGUCUGGUAGCAUUAUCCUGAAUGCAACAUACAUCUUCAUCCAGGGUGGGCGUUUGAUUGCAGGUUGGCCUGAUCAGCCCUUCAGUAAAGAACUUCUCAUCAUUCUGAGAGGAAACCAGAGUACACCUGAAUGGCCUCUGCCUGGUGGAGUAAAUCAAGGAUCUAAAGUGCUGGGUGUGUUUGGUGCUCUUGACCUGUAUGGAAUGCCACACAAAGUGUACCGCACUAAGCUGGCCAGCACUGCUUUAGCUGGCACUAGCUCUCUCUCACUUCAGGAUCCCGUGGACUGGAAAGUAGGAGACGAAAUUGUGCUGUCCACCACCAGUUAUGACCCAUGGCAGACAGAGACUCGCACCAUCACAGCAGUCUCAAACAACAAUCUCACACUGACUCUGGAUCAGCCACUUACUUACACCCACAUUGGAGAGAACUACACAGUACCUGGUACAUCCAAGACCUACAGGUUGGCCGGUGAUGUGGGAUUGCUGAGCAGGAACAUUAAGAUCGUUGGGGAGGAUUACCCAGCCCUGUACAAAGAGUCGUUUGGUGCCAGAGUGCUAGUGGGAGCCUUUACCAAUCAAGGAAUCAACUUUAGAGGAAAGGCUCAGAUUAGAGAUGUGGAGUUUUAUCACACUGGUCAGGAAGGGUGGACAGACUCCACUGACCCUCGGUACUCUCUGGCUUUUCUCAGUCUGGGAGUGGUGGGUCAGAAUGAAUCCUACAUUAAAGGAUGUGCUUUCCACCAUGGCUUUGCUCCUGCUAUUGGCAUCUUCGGAACAGACGAAUUAAGUGUUGAUGACAAUGUCAUCCAUCACACUGUAGGAGAAGGUAUCCGGGUGUGGGGCAAUAAUAACACGAUUCGAAGGAAUUUGGUAACCAUGACCCUCUGGCCGGGAUCAUACAAUGGGAGAAAGGAGACUCUGAAUGUUAACUGGAAUGCAGCUAUUGAGGUCAAUGAGGGUACUAACGUAGUUCUUCAGGAGAACACUGUUGCUGGUUAUGAAAGAGUUGGAUUUAGAAUCGAUGGAGAACCAUGUCCAGGUAUUUUGAAUCCAGUGGCUCAAUGGAGGCAAAAUGAGGCUCAUGGAGGUCUGUUUGGAGUCUACAUGAAUAAAGAUGGUCUGGCUGGCUGUUCUCAAAUCCAGGGCUUCACAGUUUGGAAGAGUUUUGAUUAUGGCAUUUAUUUUCAGGUGUCAAUGAGUGUGCUUAUUUCCAAUGUUACCCUUGUUGAUAAUGGUAUGGGCAUCAUGCCAAUGAUCUACACUCCCCCAUCAGCCAGCCAUACAUAUUCAAACAAAACUGUCCAAGUCCAGAAUGCCUUAAUCGUUGGUAGCAGCCCUAACUUUAACUGCACAGACAGUCUUUCUACAAGUGAUGACAAUAUCGCAAUCAGUGCAGGCCACAGGGCACCUCGGCCUCCUAAUGGUGGCAGGUCUGGAAUAUGUUGGCCAACAUUUGAAUCAGCUCAAAAUUUAGCCCCGGGAAAACCGCAUGCAGGACUCAUGAGCUACAACACCAUCAGUGGACUCAUGACUGUCACUGAUACCACUUUUUCAGGGUUUAGGAAUGUGUGCUCUACUCAGACAAAUUACAUGUUUUUAACCAAUCCGGGCAAUGAGGACCUGCAACACCCUAUCAGUGUUGAAAGGAUUACCAAGAGCAACAGUACAGAGAACGCUCAAGUGUUCAUUCAUCAACCAGAUGUUGGUAAGGUGAACCCGUCUGACUGUGUGGAUAUGGACUGUGAUGCAAAGAAAAAGAGCAUGAUAAAUGACCGGGAUGGUAGCUUCCUCGGAGCAGUGGGGGCAGUGAUUCCUCGAUCUGAAUACGAAUGGAAUGGGGAUCCCAGACACGGGCUAGGAGACUACCGUAUCCCCAAAGUCAUGCUCACAGCCCUUAAUGGUAGCCGCAUACCUGUGAAUAAUAUUGCCCCAAAUAAAGGUGUGAUCCGGAAUGCUAGCUGCACAUAUAUGACCGACUGGCAGAGCUAUAAGUGCUUUGGGCUAAACUACAGGAUGCUGGCAAUUGAGAGUCUGGAUUCAGACACCGAAACCAGGCGACUCUCUCCUGUUGCUGUGCUGGGAGAUGGCUAUGUAGACCUGCUGAAUGGCCCACAGGACCAUGGCUGGUGCGCUGGCUACACAUGUCAGAAGAGACUGUCUCUGUUCCACAGCAUCAUAGCAACAGACAAGUCCUUUGAUAUUUAUUUCACCAGUGUAACCCCCCAGAAACUCAGACUCAUGAUGCUCAAUGCUAAUCCCAAUGAGACUGUAAAGGUAGCUGUAUUUUACUCAAAUCCUCAGCGACUGGACAUCUAUGUAAAUGACCAGCUCAUUGCUCCAAACAAUGCUCAGUGGAAUAACGACAAAACUGACUACACCUUGCUUAAGCCUACAUAUACAGGACAGUAUGUUCCCACGCUUAAUUCCACUCACGGCUCCAACUUUUUCGACCCUGAGUACAAAAUGCUGCACGUCUUGUUACGAGGCUCUGAUCAUGUCCAGAUCCGCACGACUCCAGUGCUGUUUAUCUCCUUCAAUCUCCCAGCCAUGACUGUGGAGGAGUUCUUCGGAGACAAGCUGGUCACAAAUUUGGCAAUGUUCCUGAAGGUUCCUGCCAGCAUGAUCCGGAUCACCAAAAUUGUGCGAGAGGACAGCGGGGCAAAGAGGAGGAAGCGGUCCGCUGGGUUGACAGUGGAGGUGGAGAUCAAACAGCCACCUACCAACCAGACAUCCAACAAUAGCACCAAUGAGGCAGAACAGUUUGAAACCCUGAAGACUGUUGCUGACACUAUUGGUCAGGCUGCUGUCUCUGGCGAUCUGAGCUCAACCAUCGGCUUCAACGUUUCCUCACUGGGUGUCAUUCUUCCAACUCCACCAUCCAGCGAUCCAUCCUGGAGCCAGGUUGCAAAUGAAGAGGUGAGUCGUGAGGGCCCAACGGUGGAGACAGUGAAGAGUGUGUUUGCUCUGAAAGUGGUGGUGGAACCAGUGGCAGGACUUGACACCGGACUCCUUAGCAUACAGCCCAGCAUCAUGGCUGUGGACCAGCAGGGUGACUGUGCAUCAGUGGGAGUGACAACUUUAACAAUUUCAGCUGUGCUUAAAGACAGACAAGGAAACCCAGUAAAUGCCCUGUAUGGUAACACAACCAUCCCAUUCAAAAGUUGCUGGGCCAACUAUACUGAUCUGGCAAUAUUUACUGAAGGGGAUAACAUUACAUUGGCUUUCACACUGAAUGAAUGGCAGGCCCAGUCCAAGUCCUUCACUGUCAAGUCUGCAACUGCUACUACAAGUAAGUCUUAUAGUCCAUGUCUGGCCAUGAGCCCAGAUGAUGGCAGCAUCUUUGACUCCAGCCCUGCCCUUUCAACAUGCACUGUGUAUGGACUUAUGCUGCUGAGCUUCCUGCAUCUCAUCUACUUUGCAGUGUAA